CUCCCUAACCUCUCUUUCCACAUGAUGACAGCUGUCAAAACUUUAGAUUACAUCAUGCUUUCAACUAUGCAUCUCUCUUUACCACAUGAAACUAUACAGUGCAGUACAAAUUCAAUAAUUUACGGUAUGUCGUUUAUUCAUAUCAAACCAUACACCAAACUUUUUCUUAUUGUGCGAAGUUCUAAAGACGAGAGGUACGAAGAAUAAAUCUCGAAAAUGGAAGCAACGAAAACAAUUACCCAAACGACAAAUCCAGCCGACAAUAAUGAGUUGAACAUUACUGAGAAAACAGAGCUCUCAGCAGAUGCUGUUGUGGAAGACAAAGAAGCAUCACCGAAUAACUCGGACUAUGAUAGUGCAGACAGUUACAGCGAUGAAGAACAAGAUGUUAAAAUCAGGUCUAGAGCAUCAGACCAGGAAGAUCGUAGCAACUCUGACACAGGCGGUAGUCUCAUUCUAGAAAGGGAGGAAGGCGAUGGCCAAGAGAGUGUGCCUUUGAAGAAAGUAGACGACGACGAGGAUAAAAAGAAUCCACAGUAUAUUCCAAAAAGGGGUACUUUUUAUGAACAUGACGAUCGGACCGCAGAUAACUUAGAACCCGUUGAUCCCGUCGAAGCAGAGAAAGACAAAGAAGCUAAGAAGAAAGUGUGGCAAGACAAGAAGGAGAAAUGGAAACACGACCGAUUCAAUGACACGGAGCAAGCACCCAAAUCUCGAUCGGAACUCGUAUCAAUUUACGGAUAUGAUAUUCGUAAUGAAGACGGGCCUCCUAGAGCAAGAAGACGAAGGAGAUACGGACGUGGUCCCAACAAAUACACCCGUAAUUGGGAAGACGAAGAUGCUUACAACAAACCUGCUCCUGCUCGACCCAAAAAGAAGGGCAAGCCUAGGGCUGAAGAAUUUCCGCCUCUUGUACCAAACGAAUCGGCAUCGCCCGAUAGGGAGAGACAGCAAUCAGAAAGUAAUACUAAUCUAGAGGAGGCUUCAAAUCACAAUUUAGCAGAAAGGACAGAGCCUAAUAGAGAAAAUAAUGCUAACCAAGCCCCACCCAUUGCAAACGACGUAAGUAACAAGAGCAGCGCUCAAGAACCCGUUCAGAACAAGAACAUCCAGCAGCGUCCUGGCUCGGGCCGCAUCGUGAAGCCCAAAAAAGAGAUAAAGGACUCUGAUUACCGCGGAUUCACCACCAAAACUCGCCAGCAAAGGAAAAUCAAAACGGAGCAGCAGAAGGUUCUGCCACCGCGCAACCAAACCGGUAAAGAGGAUUUCGUACAGACCCAGAACUUCACCAAUAAGAAUAACGUGCAGGAAAUUGAAAAGGAUAUGAGCAAGUUGAGCGUGGAGGGCAAUUUUAAGGGCGGGAAGCAUAAUAAUCAACGACAGGGUAGUGUGCCCCCUCGCCUCCAGUCCGAGCAGAAGGGUUCCAAGCGGUAUAGCUCCAUGAGACAGAGGUCCCUGCCGGAGGCCAACACACCGCCGGUGCCAAAUUAUCAGCACACUAGUUUUUACCCAAACGACUACAACCAGCAGAACGCACCACCAACAUCACAGCAACCUUUGCUCCACCAGAACCCCCAAAUGCGCCCGCCUCCCACUGCCCAAUUGCCUCCUCCCGCUCUACCGCCCAUCGCCCAAGUUCCAGUUACCGCGGCUCCCCUUCUGCAGGCCCCGUUUCCCCAAGCUUUUCCUCAACCUCCACCGGCUUUUCUGCAGCCGGGUGUACCCCCACCCCCUUUCAUCCCUCCGCAGACGCCUCAGAUCAUCAACUACGUCCAAGGACAGCCUCCGUUUACUCCAAAUUUUCCGGGAUACCAGCAGCAGUUUAAUUCUGUGACGCAGCCGACGGAACUGUACCAACCUCAGGGAGGAAUCACUUACUACUCCACCGAUCAACAAGUAGCACAAAGACCCGUGCCUCAGAAGCGUCCCAAAGCGGCUAUACCCAUCGUAGCGCCUCCUUCGGACGAGAAAAGAGACGAUGCGAUGCAGGUACCUCAUCAAGAUGCCGAAUCGGUUCGACUUGAAACUAGUGAAGGGGAAAUCAUACAUCAAUGAUCCCAUUUCUUCACAGUCCUCAAAAUGUAUCGCUUGGAAUUGUAACGAGAAACCGAGAUUGUCAGGAAAGUCCGAUUUUUUAUAUAAUUAUAAUUUUUAUAGAAUAUAGCGUGUGGAAGAUGUAUUUUCCUGCUCCUACUGGUCGACUGCGCUAAUUGUGUACACUUUGCAAUAUUCAAUUAAGAUUUUGAUACGGUUUGGGAUAAUAGGUUUCUUAUAAGAGCGUGUAAGUGUUCUUUCACGAUGAGGUUUUCUUCGUAAUGACGAGAGGUUCUGUUAAAACUGUCCUAUGAAACAGAUAUAUAAUCAAAAAUAUUGCAGAAGUAGACUUUCUAAUUUAUAUUUAAUUUAUAUUUAUUAGGUUAAAAAAAAGUUAAGGUGCAUCCUGUAAGGGUUGGUAUACGUUGAUUACACGAAUUAAACGUUACAGCGGCUUCUUUAAUGUAGCUGUAUAUGUUUUAAUUUAUAAGAGGAUAUUUUGUUUUAUUCUUUUAUUUUAUUUAUUCUUUUUUUGUAUCUGUGUUAAGGUACAGUUGUUACGAUUUCAAUUGGAACCGCAUAAAAACACUUACUUCGUAAAUUCUACAGAAUUCAUAGGCCCCCAGACAAAUUUUGAACUGAUAAA